AUGAACGCGUCUUCCACAAAUGCUGCUGCAACCGUGGGUAACAUCGCAUAUUGUUACGUACUACCAUGUAUAUGUGCAAUUGGAAUUGUUGGUAAUAUCACAAAUCUGAUGGUUCUCGCCUCUCGACGUCUUCGAGCCGUAUCAUACAUGUAUCUGCGGGCUCUAGCUGUCGCCGACCUUUUGUGCAUGCUUUUUGUUCUCAUAUUCGUCUCAACGGAAAUGCUUGCUAAAAACGGUUCAUCUAUCAACCAAUACCGUCUCUAUCAAAUUUAUCAAUGCCACUUAAUGCUUACUGUUAUUAACUGGGCCCUAGGAGCUGGAGUUUACGUUGUCGUCGCGCUCUCAUUGGAAAGAUACAUAUCAAUUGUGUUCCCGAUGCAUUUUCGCACGUGGAAUUCGCCUCAACGAGCCACAAGAGCAAUUAUGCUUGCUUUUCUGAUUCCGGCUCUCUUCUAUGUGCCAUACGCAAUAACCAGAUAUAAAGGAAAUCAACGAUGGGAUCCAAAUGUCAACGCGACAAUUUACUCAAUGGACGACCAUCCAGUUUACACCACAUUCCAAUGGCAGAUAUAUAAAUGGACCCGGGAGGCGUUCCUCAGAUUCCUUCCAAUUAUCAUUCUGACCGUAUUGAACAUUCAAAUUAUGGUGGCUUUCCGCAAACGACAGAAAAUGUUCCAACAAUUGACAAAAAGAAAAGAGCAAGGGACACAAAAAGACGAAACUCUGAUGUACAUGUUGGGAGGAACCGUUCUCAUGUCUCUUGUCUGCAACAUUCCUGCUGCAAUUAAUUUGUUGCUCAUUGACGAGACUCUCAAAAAACGAUUGGAUUAUCAAAUAUUCCGCGCUGUUGCAAACCUUUUGGAAAUCACAAACCAUGCUUCGCAGUUUUAUGUAUUCUGCGCAUGCUCGACCGAUUACCGAACAACAUUCCUUCAAAAGUUUCCAUGCUUUAAAAGCGACUAUGCGAAUCGCGACCGCCUCCGUUCAUUUGUUCGCCGGACCCAAUCGGUUAUCCAUCGGGAUAAUAAGGAAAGCGUUGAGAACACUACAACCAAUUCAAGGUUUCAAAGAGAUUCGAUUUCUCAUCAUUCCAUGAAGCUUUCGAAAAAGGUCCCAAUUGAGCCAGACACUGUGGACAUCCAACUGGCUUCCGGUGAGCAAAGCUCGAGCGGCGAGAAUCGUGAAGCGGAUACACUUAUCAAACUUGGAGGAUCAACCCAUUCAUCCGACGAUAACAAUACCACAUUAUUAUGA